CAUGAUAAUUGCCUAUAUGUAAUGUGGCCUGUUUUCCUCUUCAAAUCUGGAGUCGGAAAGAAUCAACAGAGAGAAGUGGAAAGCUGAUCAAGGAAUGGCUCCUCAUAAGAUGUUUGUUCUUCUAUAUCUAGUUUUCUUCAAGUGUGGAUUAAUGGUUCAUGGAGACCCUCAUCAGAACAUACAAUUGAAUCCAUCAUCAUCGUCCCACAUGAGUCAUGGUAGUUUGUUUAUAAGAUUUGAUGAAAUACAUGUUGGGAAAAUAAUCAAAACCAAAUUCGAUUUCCUUGACCCUUCUAAGUCAUCUGCACAUCAUUUCCUCCCCAGAGAGGUGGCCGAUUCGAUCCCUUUCUCAUCGUCGGAGCUCCCAAACAUUCUCCCACUCUUCUCAAUCCCUCAAGGUUCCCGGAAAUCUAUGGUGAUGGAAGACACUCUCUUUAACUGUGAACAUGGUGUUAUUCUUGAGGGAGAGAUCAGGACAUGUGCAACCUCCUUGGAGUCCAUGCUUGAUUUUGUCAGUGGCCUAUUCGGCUCGAGAGAUGCAAUCAGAGUCUUAACCAACACUCACGAACCGACAUCGCGUGGUACUUCUGACGAGUACGUUACAGUGGAAGUGGAAGAGAUUCCGGUUCUUAAGAUGAUAGGAUGUCAUUUGAUGCCUUAUCCUUACACAAUUUACGGUUGCCAUCAUCUGUCUAAUACCAAAACCAAGGUUUUCAGGGUUUCAGUUGAAGGUAACGAAGGGGAUCAAGUGAAAAUUCCUGUUGUUUGUCAUAUGAACACAUCUACAUGGGAUCCAAACCAUGAAGCAUUUCAGACACUUAACUUCAAGCCCGGUGCUGCCCCGGUGUGUCACAUGUUCCCUGAAGGAGACCUUGCUUGGAUUCAGCCAUCAAAAUCUGUCUAACAUUCUCUCCAGCUUGUUGCCUUGAGUACUCUCAUCUUGUGGUGAUAUUAAAUAUUAUGUAUGUAAUGAAUGAUAUUUCAGUUUGUUUGAGUUCAUUACUGAAUAAUAAAGUUGUCUUACUUUUGUGUUUA